ACAUUCAACUGGCUCUCUAAUAGUUAUCUUCAGGGAACUGCAAGACACAAGCAAUUUUCUCAAAUUCACGAUCAAAAGGCUAUGUUACCUGUGAGAGCCACCAGAAAAAUGACAGCAGUUAAAGCCAAAGAUGUGAAGGCACUCUCACCUCUGAUGGUGAUAAUGGUGAUCAUUUUCUUGGUGCUUCUGUUCUGGGAAAAUGAGAUGAAUAAUGAAGUAGUGAUAUCAACCUUAGAACACUUGCAUGUGGACUACCCUCAGGAAGGUGUUCCUGUUCCGGCAAGGUACUGCAACCACAUGAUCAUACAAAGAAUCAUCAGGGAGCCCGACCACACUUGUAAAAAGGAGCAUGUCUUCAUCCAUGAGAGGCCUCGAAAAAUCAAUGGUCUUUGCACUUCUCCCAAGAAGGUAGCUUGUCAAAACCUUUCAUCCACUUUCUGCUUUCAGAGUGAGACAAAGUUCAAAAUGACAGUCUGUCAGCUCAUUGAAGGCACAAGAUACCCUGCCUGUAGGUACCGCUAUUUCCCCGUAGAGGGGUUUGUUCUUAUCACUUGUGAUGAGUUGGGGCCAGAUAGUUUCCAGGGAUAUAUUAAAUAACUCAAGAUCAGUGCCUGAGUCUGAGCUCUCUUUUCUCAAUGGUAUUGGAGCUGGCUGUCCCUGAGGCAGACCUGAACGUGGACAUGGGGCAAUGCCUUGAGGAGAAGGGGAAGGCGCUGGUAAGGAAUUUAUCCUUCCCGUAUUGCUGAGUUUGGGUUGUUUUAUUCUGCUCCAAUAAAAGAAUCUUUACUGAAUUAAACCAUAAA